CAUGGCCGGGGCGGCCGCGGUGAGGGCAGACUGAUCCGAACAGCAGGCACCCGGCGGGACAGCAAAGACAGAGUGGCAGCCGCGCGGUCGGUAGCAUGGAGGAGGGCAGCAGCAGCAGCGGCGGCGGCGGCGGCGGCGGCGGUGGCAGCGACAGCAACCCCGGCGGGAGUGGCGGGGCGCAGCAGAGAGAGCUGGAACGCAUGGCAGAAGUCCUCGUUACCGGGGAGCAGCUCCGGCUGAGGCUCCAUGAAGAAAAGGUUAUUAAAGAUAGACGGCACCAUCUGAAAACCUACCCAAACUGCUUCGUUGCAAAAGAACUGAUCGACUGGCUCAUUGAACACAAGGAGGCCUCUGACCGAGAGACGGCAAUAAAACUCAUGCAGAAGUUGGCUGACCGGGGCAUCAUCCAUCAUGUGUGUGAUGAGCACAAGGAAUUCAAGGACGUGAAACUCUUCUACCGCUUCAGAAAGGACGAUGGCACCUUCCCACUGGACAACGAGGUGAAGGCCUUCAUGAGAGGGCAGAGGCUGUAUGAAAAACUGAUGAGCCCUGAAACUACACUCCUCCAGCCUAGGGAAGAGGAAGGGGUGAAGUACGAGCGAACCUUCAUGGCAUCUGAAUUCCUGGACUGGUUGGUUCAGGAAGGUGAAGCCACAACAAGGAAAGAAGGGGAGCAACUUUGUCAUCGGCUUAUGGAGCAUGGCAUUAUACAGCAUGUGUCCAACAAGCACCCAUUUGUGGACAGCAAUCUCCUGUACCAGUUCAGAAUGAACUUCCGCCGGAGGCGAAGGCUGAUGGAGCUGCUCAGUGAGAAGUCCCCAUCCUCCCAGGAGACACAUGACAGUCCCUUCUGCCUGAGGAAGCAGAGCCAUGACAAUCGGAAAUCUACCAGCUUUAUGUCAGUCAGCCCCAGCAAGGAGAUCAAGAUCGUGUCUGCCGUGCGGAGGAGCAGCAUGAGUAGCUGUGGCAGCAGCGGCUACUUCAGCAGCAGCCCAACGCUCAGCAGCAGCCCCCCUGUGCUCUGCAACCCCAAAUCUGUGCUGAAGAGACCUGUCACUUCCGAGGAACUCUUGACUCCUGGGGCUCCAUAUGCAAGGAAGACAUUCACAAUUGUUGGUGAUGCAGUUGGCUGGGGCUUUGUUGUACGAGGAAGUAAACCAUGCCACAUCCAGGCUGUGGACCCCAGUGGGCCUGCAGCGGCUGCAGGGAUGAAGGUCUGUCAGUUUGUCGUCUCUGUCAAUGGCCUCAACGUGCUGAAUGUAGACUACCGCACCGUGAGCAACCUGAUUCUGACAGGUCCAAGAACAAUCGUCAUGGAAGUCAUGGAGGAGUUAGACUGCUGAGCAAGGAGACAUGCCUGCUGAUGCCCUGGCCCAGAACAACACAGCAGUGGCAUGACGAGACUACCAGAGAAACAGAUAAUUGGGACACACAGAUCUUUCCUCUGUCUAUAUACACCUUGACCUUCAGACACUGUUUGAACGUGGAAGAAUGGGUAACACAUCUUAAAAAAACAGAACACAGCAGGAGUGUGGUGGCUCAAGUCUAUAAUCCUAGCAUUCAGGAGGCCAAGGCAGGAGGAGUGCUGCAAGUUCAAGGCCAGCCUCAGCUACCAGCAUGAGUGCCCGACGAGUGUUGUUUGUACACUUGCGCAUGUAAACACACAUAUACACACGCAUUUGUAGAAGAUGGUAGGGAAAUAGUUUCCCACAGGGUGGAAUUGUCUUACUAGAGCCCAGUUUGUAGUUCUCAAUAAGUGGUUUUCAUGUUUUCAGAAAGCUGUCGAAAAACUGAAAUAGCAACAUGGAAAAAAAUGCCAUUUUUAGACGUUUGUAGGAUAGUUAGUACAGAGUUUACAUCAGGUCCAUUGAGCUUUCGUGGCAGGCGUAAUCAAACAGCACCUGCAGUCCGGGCUGCUUAGGAUGCCGAGGCAGGAAGAUGACUGGAGCUCUGGUGUUUGGGCCAGCCUGGGCAAUAUAGUGAGACCCCCAAGUUAACUAAAAGUGUUUUCACCAAAACGAGCCUGAAGCUGUUACAUAGGUCUAGAUUUCAUGCAGCUUAAAAUUAAAGCAACAUCCCUAGGAAUGUGACCAGCUGACAAGACUUCCCAGGAAGGUUUGCAUGCAUUCAACAGCUUAAAGGCCAUCACCACAAAGGAACUUUCUUCCUCACUAUUUUUAUUUUUGGGGUAGAGGGGUAAGGGGAGCACUGCCUUGCUAGGUGGCUCCAGCUAUUGACUUUCCUUAAAUUUCUGCCUUUAUCACUAACUUUCAGCUUGCCCAGUUUCAGUUAUGGCAUGAGGUGAAAAAUGAGACAAAAUGCUGUGUCAUGGGUGGUGGGGAUGGACAGAGGACUCUGUCUACAACAGCCUGCCUCUCUCUUCUCUUCCUAGGCCUGGUUGGUUUUCCCCAUAAAUCAGCAGCUUUCUGGGGUUUAUUUGAAAUGUACUGGCUGUGAAAGCAAAGAGGUCUGUCCAUACCCAUGUACCCAUGUUAAGAUUCAAAGUCAAACUUCCCAAACCUCCAGCAAGAUUGCACUUUGCAAGUGUCCUCUUUUAAGGGACUUGGCUUUAGUGCAUCAAAACUUGAAAGUUCAAAUGCCUUCUUAGCCUGGAUUUUACAAGCCUUCUAAGGUCAGGGGAUGUACUACUCACUGAAGAGUCUGCUUGCCACUGCAAUCUCCAUCUUGGGUUAGAAUUCUUCAUCUUACCUCUGCAUGUUUCUUUGAUCUAGAAAAGACUUCCUCUGAACCAAAUGCGGGACCACGUUCCUGUAAUCCCAGCACCCAGGAAAGUAGAGACAGAAAGGUCAGGUGUUCAAAGGGGGCUUGAGCUAUAGGAGACCCUGUCUCAAGAAACCCAGGAGAGGCAAGGGAGUACAUUUGGGGUAUUGCUAUGUAGAGGUCAUUCCUCAAAGUACCAAAUAAGAGUAAUUUUCCAUAAUGAGUUUUGAACAGAGAAGCUACGUUCUUAUUAUGUAUUAACAGAAUGGUAGUGUUGUGCCUCAGUGGUUUCUUGGUGGGAGGUGAUCAUUGUGCAUUGGUACUGGUGGAAUGGAUUUUAUUAGCAUAUCUUUAUAUAUAUGCUAGUCCAAUUUUUCUACCUUUAGUAAAAAAAAUAGGAUUUUGAGGUGCUAUGAGUUAGCUGACAUUAGUAUUGUCAGUGUUUGGGAGAGAGUCUCUCCAUGUAUGGGUGUUUAUGCCAUGAGCAGGGCUCUGUGCGUAGCACUCGUUGUCCAUGUUCUUCUUCACUCCUUGUCACAGCCUUUUAAGAUAGGUAUUAUUACUCUCAUUUUUCAGGUAGGGAGACUAGGUCUGAGCAAAUUUAAUGAUGCUCUCUAAGUUCACCUGCUGUAACUGCUGUGUCACACAGCCCUUUUCGUCAAUGCUGAGGCCCCUUGGCCUGUCUGCCCGGACUUCCUGUUUAGAGGUCUUGAAUUCAGCGCCCACAUUGUGCCGCGCUAAGACUCUCAGGCUUUUGUUGUCUUAUUGGCCAAUACCAUCCUCACCCGUUUUAUAAAUGAGGAAACCCACUCAUAGACAAGCUGGUUCGUUAUCCUCAAAACAGCUUAGCCACUAAGUAGGAGAUCUUACACAUGGUCCUCGUGUGUGUGUGUGUGUGUGUGUGUGUGUGUGUGUGUGUGUGUGUGUUUGUUGAGGCAGAGUGUCAAGCUCCUGAGCCUAAGUGGGAUUACAGGCAUACAGCACUACUCUCAGAUAUGAUAACACCUUAAAAGAUGAGUCUCAGGAUGUUCUUCGUCUCUAGAUUUUCCUUGAUUGAUAAAAGAGGAAGCAGUGCCUGUACAGUAUUAUAUUCUUGCUGCUCACUUCCAAAUACUCUUUGCCUUGAACCCUAGAUCAUAUCAUUUCCCUUUAGGCAAAGUAACACACAGAAGGAGCUCUUUUCUCCACACAGCCUCCUGUCCAUUAGAGAGGGAGUGAAGAACAGUCCUAUUGUUUUCUUAUUUGGUUCCAUUCAUCCUCAAUUUAAAGGUCAAGUGCCAGAGAACACUUUUUUUUUUUUUUUAAUCUUAGCACUCUGGAGAUAGAGGCAGGUAGAUAUCUGUGAGUUUGAGGCCAGCCUGGUCUACAGAGGUAGUUCACAACAGCCAAGGUUACACUGAGAAAUCCUGUCUUGAAAAACAAGCAAAGAUAGCUUCUUGCUAUGUGGCAUAGCUUGUCUUCAAACCCAUUCUAGUUCUCUUUCCUCAACGAAUAUCUUUUGGCCCUGAGUUCUCUAUCUAUCUUAUCUAUCUAUCUAUCUAUCUAUCUAUCUAUCUAUCUAUCUAUCUAUCUCUCUUUCUCUCUCUUACACACACAGACAGAUAUAUACAGCCUCAUAUAUAAUUAGUGACUAUUCCACUGGUUCCUAGGACCCUUUCUCACUCAUUGGCGUUUGUGCACAUGGUAUUUCUAGAGUGUUAUUUCUCCCUCUUUGCUGAGUAAAAUUAUUACUAGAUCCUUUGGUUGUCAUUUCCUUAGAGAAAUCUUUGCCAGGCCCCCAAAGAUGUUCCCCUUCUAAAUUCUCCAAAUCCCCACAGACCCAUAAAUCUUAUUCAAACCUAUAUUGGAGCACAAUGACAUUUACAGUGUCAUUCCUUGGUCACAUGUCAGUCUCUCUACAUAGACCCUCAGCAUAUUGCAGAAUGGGGGCUGUGUCUUAGUAUCCAGUGUAUUUCUUGCCUUUAUCUGUCCCUAACCCAGAGUAGCACCUUCACUACUCACUGUUGUCUGAUCAGCAAGCCCCAAAUUCUAGCCUAUAACAGCAUCAUUUCUUUGUUCAUGACUCUAUGGGCUGUCAGCAUUUGGUUGUCACGACCAACCAUUGCCCCAAAGAUGCCAGUAGGUCUGUGCACACAUUUGCCUUCAGUGUGCAAGUGCCGGAGGCCUUUUGCUCUUAGAAGUGCUGUCUUUUGAAUCUUGAAUGUCCUCCAAAAGCCUGUGUGUUAACAAGUUCUUUUCACCAGGGAGGCAAACACUGGGAGGUCGGAGAACCAGCCGCACAUGUCAGUACUUAGGAAGUGGAAACAGGAAGAUCAGGAGUUCAAUGGCAGCCUUGGUACCAGAGUAAGUCGGAGGCCAAGCUGGGUCACAUGAGAUAUUGUCUCAUGUGUCAUAGGACCUAGUGAUAGAACCACAGGUAACUGAUGGGGAUAGGGGGUAGACCUCUUUCUUUGCUUCUUGGCCAUGAGAUGAGCAAUUUGCUUCUACCGUUUGCUCCCAUACAUUGUCCUAACUUACAAUAAGCCUCAAAGGUGAGCUAGUACAGAAAUGGGGCCAAUCAUGGACUAAAACCUCAAAAACUGUGAGCCAAAAUAACCCCUUUCUCGUUAUCAGUUGGUUAUCAUGGGUAUCUUGUUAUAGAGACAGAAAUCUGUCUAACACAGGUGGCCUCAUGCAUACAUCUCCAAACCAACUUUGUUCUGAGUUGGAUUGCCACAGUUCCAGGUCAUAUAGCCCCAAAUAACCUAGAAAGAAUCUGUAACCUUCUCUCCUUUGGCUUAUAAGUUGAACACUUUGACUUUCACACCAUUUUAUGAACCAAGACAUAAAACUAUAAAACUAGCUCUAGGCACAGUGGUUAAGAGCCCAAAUUUUUCUUCCAGAAGACCCAAAUUUGAUUCCUGGCACCUCCACAAUGGUAUGAAACUGGCUGUCACUCCAGUUCCAGGGGAUCUGGGCUGCUCUUCUGACCUCCAUGGACACCAGGUACACACGUGGUACACAGACAUAUAGGCAUGCAAAACACCCAUAUACAUACAGUGAAAAUAAAUCUUUAAAAAUAAAUAAAUAAAACUAGCCCAGAACCAGGAGUAGAGAAAUAGAUAUCACCUUUUAUGAAACUUGCAUAGAAUCUGUGCCCAUUUUUAAUUCUCUAAAAACAGAUGCAAAGAAGGAGCCAUCAUUAGUUGAAUGUAGUUAUUGAAAGCUUUAGGCUCAAGUUCUUAUCUACUCAUCAGCUGGAAUUGAAAUGUCUGAAGCUGGGUUUCUAAUGAAACCUUUAGAGUCCAUAGACUAAAAUGCCAGCUUAAUCACUUCAUUUGACCAACAAAUGAGGCCUAAAACGAUGUUAUGCUCUAACCAGACUUGUGAAGCUUGUCGAGUAGGAGCUGAAUGCCUUCUGAGCCUCCUGCCUUCCAUCCGUGGUACAGAGCAAUCUGCAGCACAGUGUCAUGCUGCUGAAAACAGGCGUAUAGCAUGAUGUACUCAAAAACCAAAAGUGGCAGCAGGUAUCUGGGAAAGAAAGGGAAUAUCAUAUCCGUUGUAGGCUGGGAACGUCCUGUACUGUAAAGCAUAGACUAGACUCACAGCAAUCUUCCUGCUUCAGUCUCCGGAGGACUAGAAUUCCCGGACUGAGCUACCAUGCCUGUGUGGUUUUCAUCUAUCUUUGUGUACCUGUGAUCUUCAAAGAGGAAACAGUAUUUAUUGCUUGAGAUAACAUUUCCCUGCACACCUUGGACAAGUUCCUUCUUGUUCUCUUAAAUACUUUCAAAGCCAGGCAUGAGGGCUCACACCGGUAUUCCUAGCAGGAGGAUUGCCAUGAGCUUACAUCCAGCCUGGGCUACAGAGACUUUGUCUCAAAAACAAAACUAAUCAAAAAAAAAAAAAAAAAAGUAGAUUUUUAGAUGUUUGUGUGAUGUUUAUGUUUUGAUGAUGGAAAGAGAGAUAGUUUUUAUUUUUGUUUCUUCAUUAGUGCAGUAUGUAUAAAUUAGAAGGCCAUCUUUUAUUGGAAUGGAAACUGCUGUUGCCUUUUGGGCUGUUCCUGCCUUCUGAGUUUAAUUACAACUGGGCAUGGCAGCCCACAGCAAGGAGAAGAGUCAUGCUAGAGAAUGGAAUUUGAGACUAUCCUGGGCUAUCCACAGAGACCCUGUCUAAAAAUUAAUAAUUUGGGCUACAUGUGAAGAUAGCUACCCAGAAGAUGUAAUAAUUAAGGAGACUACUUGAGAAAUGGUAGGUAACACAAGGGGGACAAGCCAUCUUUGCUUAGAUGAGGUGUUGCUGACUUCACACCAUCAUGUGACAAGUAGCCGCUUUGGAAGGACAGACACCAAGCUUAAGGAUAUCACUGCUAUCCAUUCAAAUAGGGGUCUUGAGUUUCCAAAUCUUUCCUUUUAGUUGUAUUGUAGAGAUGAUCAACUUUCAAGGCCUAUUUUGAACCAUUGGUUCUGACUCUUCUCUGCAAGCUGCUAAGAAUUCUGUUUUACUUUGAUUACAAAUGAUCAGAAUAACUAACUCCUGAGCACUUUGGUGUGGCUGACUUGCUGAAAUGAUUGUUGACAUUAAUCGUGAUUUCCUGCCGCCUAAACUUCAGGUAUAAUGUAUAUUUCUUCAUUGCAGUCCCGAAAGGACAAAUGAGCUGUGUGCCAAAACGAAGUUCACAUCAGCAAUCACAUACAGUAUUGUCAAAUGAGUUAAAAAGUACUUAAUACAUAGCUUUAUUUUAAAGUUUGGUGAGAGUGACUCACUAUCUUUAUUAAAACUGUACCAUAAUACUUAAGAUGAUUGUAUGAAAACACCGGGGUAUAGCAUGAAAUAAAUGUUACAUUUUUUUAAAAUGA